AUGGAUCUGAUGCAUCGAAUCUUCCGACCCUAUCUGGACAAGUUUGUAGUGGUAUUUUUUGAUGACAUUCUGGUUUACUCGAGUAGUAAAGAGGACCAUGAAGACCAUUUGAGGAAAGUGUUACAGUUGUUAAGGGAGCACCAGUUAUAUGCCAAACUUUCUAAGUGUGAGUUCUGGUUAGAGGAAGUUGCCUUUUUGGGGCAUGUAACCUCUAAGGAAGGAGUCUCGGUUGACCCAGCUAAGGUCCAAGCUGUACAGGAGUGGCCAACCCCAAAGAAUGUGUCAGAGGUGAGGAGUUUCCUGGGAUUGGCCGGGUAUUAUCGGAGGUUCUUAAAGGACUUUUCGAAAAUAGCGAGACUAAUGACCAACUUGAUGAAAAAGGAAGGAUAA